CUCAGAGGUCUUAAGAUGCCUUCCUUCAAAAGCUUUACGCUGUACUGGCUGGGCGUUGUCGCGCACCUUACAUCAGCGUGGCCAACCCAGCACCCCGAACAUGUCCAGAUACUCACCCGAGCAGAGCAGCUCGCCACCGAAUACGACUAUGUAAUCGUCGGCGGUGGCACUUCUGGCCUGACAGUUGGUGACAGACUCACAGAAGACGGCAAAUAUACCGUCCUUGUGAUCGAGUAUGGCUACUACGAUAGUCAGACCGGCAUGAACCCACGCCGCAUGUACAAUAUCACAUCCAAGCCGUGCCCCAAUCUCAACGGCCGAAGCUUCGACGUGGGUAUUGGAUGCGUUGUCGGCGGCAGUUCUUCUGUCAAUGGACAGGUCUUCCUCAGGGGAACUAGAGAUGAGUACAAUGCCUGGAAAGAACUUGGUGGACCCGGGUCUACCUGGGACUGGGAUAACCUCCUGCCAUACUUCAAGAAGGGCAUCACCCUCGCGCCUCCAGACGCAGCUCAAGCUCGGGAGUAUAACAUCACCUUCGACAACAAGUACUGGGGCACAACCUCCAAGAUCUAUGCUGCCUUUGGCAAGGGCCCUCUUCAGUCCGUCCUGAAGAUCCUCUAUAACGCCAUGGCAAAGAUGCCCGGCAUGACCAUCCCCGUAGACAGCGGUGCCGGCGAGGCCGGUCUCUACUGGUACCCAUUGUCCCAAGAUCCCGUGCAAUUCCAGCGCUCCUAUGCUCGCACCGGCCACUGGGACGGCCUCAACCGCGCAAACUACGAAAUGAUUGUUGGCGCCAAGGUCAACCGGAUUCUCUUUGACGGCGACACCGCCACGGGAGUGCAAUUCGUCUCUCGCAACAACACGGGAGCUGCCCCUGUGCAGAUCAAAGCCCGUCGCGAGGUCAUCCUCGCCGCUGGCUCCAUACACACACCGCAGGUCCUCAUGCUCAGCGGCAUCGGGCCCCGCGCACACCUAGAGCAGGCACGAAUCACGGUCAAGGUCGAUUUGCCGGGCGUUGGAUCCAACUUCCAGGACCACAGCUACAUCCCAAGCAUCUCCUACCAAUGGGGCAUCCAGCCCCCCAACACAGGCGGAGGUGGCUGGGGUGGCGGCGGUCCGCCCUCCCUUGCCUCCAUGAUCGGCCUGCCUGUCGUCAGCCCCGACAGGUUCGAGACCCUCGCCAAGGCCUUUGAAGUCCAAGACCCCAAAUCCCACCUGCCCUCGAUCUACACUGCCGAGCAAAUUGAAGGCUAUAAGCAGCAGCAAAAGGUCUGGGGCAGGCUCAUGCGCUCCAAGAACGUCGUCUUCUCCGAGAUGAUGAUGUACGGCCCCGGCGGCUCCGUGCAGAACCUGCACUGCAUGUCGCGCGGCACCAUCCUCCUCAACACGGCGCAGCCCGAGAGCGAGAUGAUCGUUGACUACCGCGCUGCUUCCAACACCAUCGACUUGGACGUUAUGGCGGAAAUCAUCAAGUUCAUGCGGCGGUACAUGACCACCGGCGACCUCGCUCAGUACCAGGCGCGCGAGACAUCGCCUGGCGCGGGCGUCUCGUCCGAUGCGCAGCUCGUGAGCUGGGCCAAGGGGCAGAUUAUCCCGUCCGUGUAUCAUCCUGUUGGUACCACUGCGAAGAUGCCACGCGAGUGGGGCGGCGUGCUAGAUGAGGACUUGUUGGUGUAUGGUGUGAAGAAGUUGAGGAUUGUUGAUGCUUCGAUGAUGCCUACGACUGUUGGUGCGACCACGUCCAUGACUGUUUACGCUGUUGCCGAGAAGGCCGCCUAUAUGAUCAAAGCGCAGACACAGUAGUUGGGUGUUGGCUUUCUAUGGAACUUUCGAAGGGCUUGGUGGAGAGACAUGAGUGGAUUCGGGACUUAGGCUGCGGACAUUUUAGCACAUUCAUUACUUUUACAUACCACACAGCUAACUCGGUAUUUGAGCCGGCUGUCGGAGGAGCGUAUGACAUACAGUCUUUCAUUGAGUAGUUGAUCUUUGACAAUACUUCUAGUUUCAUUCAAUGUGAAGCUGUUCUAAUAAAUAACUGUUCAAACCAAAGGCAAGGGGGGGAUGAAUUGAAUGAUGUUUCGACGGCCAUCGCCAUCUCAAUACUUCAGCCGGUGUCUUCUACUAAAGCUCCUCGGAUACCCCU